GUCCGUCACAUUCUCACCUCAUCAAUGGCCUGAUCAGUCAGCGAUCACAUGACUUCUAUUUCACAUCUUACUGGACAACCACAUUCAACAGGAACUUAUCUGAUCCAAGGAGACUGUUUGAUUCUGCACACUUGGAUGGGAGUUCCUGGAAACAUCUGGGCAUUUAUAACAACUUGUGUGAGCAGCAGAAAAAUAUCUGGUGUGGAGUUUGAGGAGUGAUCUGCUCAGGAGGAAGUAGACAAGGAGGUGGCGGGGUAAAUGGGAGGAGCUAUAUGUAAACAGGAGGGGAAGGGGGAAAAGAGGAGGAUCCAGGUGAGGGACAACAGCCUGACGUCAUCAGACAGAAUCCGUUGCUUCACCUUGAGACAGUUUGGGUUCAACGUCCUGAGUUUGUCUCGCAGAGGAAUAAAGGACCUCCCAGAUGAGCUAUGGGAGCUGUCAGAGUUGGAGAAGCUGAAUCUGUCUCUGAACAGCCUGAAGGUUCUCCCUCCUCAGCUGGCUCUGCUCUCUAACCUGGUGGUUCUCAACCUGUGGGGGAACCAGCUCAGCAGCCUGCCAGCAGAGAUUGGUCAGCUGAGGAGACUCAGAGUUUUGUUUGCCUACAGAAACCGACUGAGUGAAGUUCCUGAAGAGCUGGGGGCCUGUACACAACUGGAGGUUCUUAGCUUGAACAACAACCAGCUCUCUUCCCUUCCUGAGUCGCUCUCCAAGCUGACCCGCCUUAGGAAGCUCAACCUCAGCCAGAACCACAUGGCCCUCCUGCCAGGGUGCAUAUACAACAUGAAAGCUCUGGUGUUCCUCCAUCUGGCAUGUAACUGUCUGGAGAACCUGGCGGAGAAGAUCCAGAAUCUGGCGGAGCUCAAGAUUCUCAUUGUGGAGGGAAACAGCCUUCACUCUCUGCCAAAGGCCCUGUGCUGUCUCACCAGGCUGGAGCUCCUGAAUCUGGACUUUAACGACAUUAAAGACGUCCCACAGGAGUUGCACCUGUUGUCUCACCUGGAGAAGCUGGCCUGCCAUCCUCUGGACAAAGGACUUCACAUCGUUCAUAACCCACUGAUAAAACCUGUGAAGGAGGUGCUGGAGGGUGGGGGGCUCAGCGCCCUGUUCGAUUACCUGAGGGCGGGUUAGAGCUCCGGUCCCCUUCUGUAAUGACCUGAGGCGUGGGGGUGGGGCCUUCUAAACACCUGAGAGCAGGCUGUAGGUGGAGCUUAUUAACCACCUGACAUCCAUACAUCGGUCUGGGGAGGGUGUGUUAGCAGCUUAUAGGUAGGGGCGGGGCUUGUUAUGUGACUUAGAACUUGGUGUGUGUAAAAGAUGUAGAUGCUUUGAGGGUGAAAAUGAUGCAGCAGAAGUUUUAGACGAUUUUAAAGAUAUUUGGUUUUGUAUAAUAAUAAUAAUAGUGACAUCAUUCUGGACUCAUAUGCAGUAUUCCUGCGAUAUUUGGUCGGUUGAGCAUCACAGGAUCCAAGAGUAUCAGA